GACUGGAGCUAAAGGUUUUUUCUCCCCCCUCGUCAUCUUGGGGAAAACCUGGACGGACUGACGGAGAUUUUGGAAUUUUGACACCGGCUACUACUUGGUGUUGAUAGCAGGAAGAAACCAGGAAGAAACUACGAAUUUAAAGAAAGCAAACCAACAUCGAGAGAGGACGCGGACAGAAAGCAAGACGCAGGACGAAGCACAACAACUUCCAGCGGUUGUGUCCCCGGGGUGGUCUGCGGGAAGCUCUAGAGCUGUUGCUACCAGAAAGGUGAAGUAAAGCCCCUCGCUCUGGAGAUGGAGUACCCGGACGACUACGCCCUGUUGUCCCAGCUGGUUCAGUUGCAAUUCAACGACUCGAUCAACUUCAACGGUACCUACAACGAGACCGACACACUACUGCCAACCGGGUUCAGAGUCACCAUCGUGGUGGUCUACAUGAUUGUCUGUGUCAUCGGCCUUGUGGGAAACUUCCUGGUCAUGUAUGUCAUCAUCAGAUACACAAAGAUGAAGACAGCUACCAACAUCUACAUCUUUAACCUGGCUCUGGCUGACUCUUUGUUCCUGGCGACUUUACCUUUCCAGGGCACAGACGUGUUCCUGGGCUUCUGGCCGUUUGGGAACGCUCUGUGCAAAGUGGUGGUGUCUAUCGACUACUACAACAUGUUCACCAGCACCUUCACCCUGACGGUGAUGAGUAUGGACAGAUAUGUGGCUGUCUGCCACCCUGUCAAGGCGCUGGACAUGAGGACUCCUCACAAGGCCAAGGUGGUGAAUAUCUGUGUGUGGGUGUUGGCCUCAGCCUUUGGUGUUCCAGCCAUGUUCCUGGGAAAUGUUGAGGUGGAACAAGAGCAUGGCACCAUUGAGUGCAUCGUGGUUUUGCCUGAAUCAAAGACUCACUGGAAUCCUGUCUUCGGCACCUGCGUUUUCCUCUUCUCCUUCCUCAUCCCUGUGGCUAUCAUCAGCAUCUGCUACAGUCUGAUGGUUAAGCGCCUGCGCAACGUCCGCAUCCUGUCCGGCUCCAAGGAGAAGGAUCGCAACCUGCGGCGCAUCACCAGGAUGGUGCUGGUGGUGGUGGCGGCAUUUGUGGUCUGCUGGACCCCAAUCCAGAUCAUGGUCCUGGCUCAGACUCUGGGCUUCAACCUGAGCAGCCUGUUCACGCUGGUGCUGAUGCACUUCUGCAUCGCGCUGGGCUACGUCAACAGCAGCUUGAAUCCUGUGCUCUAUGCCUUCCUGGAUGAGAACUUCAAACGCUGCUUCCGUGAGUUCUGCAACCCGUCGCCCUUCCGCCUGGACACCCAGCAGUCGGGCCGGAUGAGGAGCAUCGCCAGGGAGGUGGCGGCGGCCUACAGUUGCAAAGCUGAUGGUAGUGGGCACGGUGGAGGGACAUCUAAUCCUGCAUGACUAGGCGUGGAGCUUCCCUUGGUGGGGGUAGACCCCCAACAAAGGGAAGAGAACCACGGGACAGGGAACUCAAACACAGAAUUGACCCAGAUUACAGCUCUCUAGCGGCACGAGCCCCCCCGCCCCCCAACUAGAAGACUGGCCUGGGGUGGGGGGGAAGAAGAUGAGGAGGAAGGGGUCGAAAGGAAAAGGAUUUAGAAAUAUGGAUGGUGAUAGUAUUAGGGAGAGGGAAAUGGGCUACAUUGAAAGCUUUCAUAGAAUGGGUGAUGGACGUCUGUGUAGGCGACGGUGCCUGAUAUGGGGUUAGGGUUAAAUAGCCCAAACCAUUUUGAUUCGUGGAUUUUGGAAUGAAUAUGGCCCUAACUCCACUGAAGCGGUAAGUCAUUUUGGAAUGUAAGAAUCAAACUAUCUUUAGGUGGACUUAAACACAAAAGGGGUGAAAGUGAAAGUUUGAAAGUGAUUGAAUCUUUCAACUGAGGCUGGUACCCAGUUGCUGCAUCUCUAGAAAGAUAUCUGACUCAGUACUUGUAUAUGAGAAGGUAGGUGUUGGGGCUAGACAUUUGGAGAGACAAUGAAAGCAGCACAGGAAGGAGUGCAGAUACCAAGAUCUCUGAAACCACCACAGACUGAACACCUGCCAAGGGAAAAUAAAGCUUUCAUGAAAUGUGAAAUAUGUAAUACCCACUUCACUACAGUUUAUUAUAUAUUCAUCAGUUGAUGUUUCAGACAAAAUAACUUUAAAUGCCCUGUGUACGACGCUGAUCCCAUUAUGGGGUCCCUAUUGUGACGGUUCUCUAAAAAAGGGUAUGCAUAAUUUUAAAAUGCUGCUGAGCCCUUUUAAGAAAUUAGAAGGGCUUACAAAGUAUAAUGUGAUCAUACAGCCAGUAGACAGAAGGUUUAUUGUAAUAGAAGUAUAUGCUACAAGCCACUAUUGAACAAUGUUUCCUAAACUGUGUAUAUGGAACUCAUGAAUGUUAUUUCUUGUUGGAGCAACAUUUCUCAGCGGUACUGAAGCUAAAUAGCCUGCGAAACCCCGUCCAACAAGUAGAGUUUUUGUGAUUCUGGACUUUGUAUGAUAACCUAUGGGGUGUGGGAUAAUUAGGGUUAAGGGCACAGACUGGUGAAAGAGUUUCCUGGAAAAACAGCAAAAAAAGACAGAAAUGUGGAAUAUCCGGCUGGAUGAAAUGUGUUGGGACAAGCCUGACCUGGGUUUCCUUCUCCUUAUUCUUGCCUGUUUGUGGUGGGUCAACACAUGAAAGGUCAAAAAGCCUGUAUCCUAGCGUAUACAGGGUUCAAAAUUAACCAUUUCAAUUUGCAUGUCGGAGUCACACUUUUUAGGACAACCUCUGACCCGCCAUACUGUAAGCACUGUAUGUAAACAUUGAAGCAGUUGCGAUGUUGACUGAAGUUUAUUUGCAUAAAUAAAGCAAAGUUUACUUUGUAGCCAGUGAAACUGUAGGGCUCAUUAGUUGGAAAAGUCUGGUUCUUAUCAAUGUAUGUACAUUUUUCAAAAACAUUUCUGAUACCCAAACCUAAUGAUCGAUUUGGGAAUACAUUGGUUACUUGCCAACAACUAAAUCUCUGAUUGUCCUGAUUGAAACAUGGCAAAUCUCACAUAAGGCCAUUUUAACGAUCAAUUGUUAGCAUAUGAUCAGUGUUUAGUAAAUGAUAUAGGCUUACGCUUACAGGUUAUAUGGAAGGGACUUUUCAGUUUCACCCAAACCACUACAUUUUAGACUUUGUGGCAGUUCGGUUAUAAUAUUGCUAACGUUAUAUGUUUAUGGAAAAUUAAGUGUUUAAGAUAUAUAUAUAUAUAAAAAUACACUUUGGGGUACGCUGAUUUUCCCAGGUCUGUAGCUGCUGUCAGGAUUGGAUUGGAUUUGGGGUUGCGUUUUGGAUUGGUGGUGAACUUAAGGUAUUUUGAGGAUGUGACAUUAACAUUGGGCGGGUUUGGGUAGGGGUGCUAUCGUUGAGUCAUUUUGACUCCCAGCGCUACAGUUGCAAAGCAGGAGUCGGGUCACAGUGUUCUGACCCCACUCCGAGGGACAAAGGGGCUCUCUCUCUUCUCAGUGUCUUAAAAUGGAAAUCGACACUGAUUUAGAAACCAUAUGAUAUUCUUCUUUUCCUGGACAGUUUCGGAAAUAACACUAACAGCAUUAGACUACAUACGGUAUGCCAACAUCUUAUAGGACACUAAGUUGGGCUUAGUAUAAUUAAAUGUAGUAAAUAUUAUUUACUUGUGUUCUUAAAAAGAAAUGUCUCCCUCACAUAAGUCAACAAUUUCAGAAAUGCUUGAUCGCAGUUGUAGUUCUAUUUGUCGUAGUUUUUUGUGCACUCCAGUUUUUACCAAACACUUUAACAGUUCUGUAAUGUUUGCAUAAAGCAUGUAAGGACAAACAAUUUCUCCAAACUAUUCACACAAUUUGCUGGCAUUGUACAUAUGCAGUAACAACAGAGUGUCACCUUUAAUAUCUUGUACAUCCUGUAUCUUCAGGAUAGUGGCUCAUUCAGUAAUACUGUUUAUCUUUGUUUCAAGGCUAAAUAUGUACUAAGAAUUAUUUAAGAAAACAACAAUUACACCAUUUCACACUUUGGAUAUUGUUACUGCUCUGACAUUGUUGGCUGCAGUUUCAGUGAGGCACUUAGCAGUUAAACUGUCCAGGCUUUAAGAAUAACUUGUGGAUUCUGUUUUAGGGUUGGUUUCCCCUUUAGUUUUAUAUUUGUGUCUCUUUAUAAAGGCCUAAUUUGGUCAUUUGGUUUGAUAAUUAUGUACUGUAAUUACUUUGAAUUCAAACAAUAUAUGUGUGUUCAUUUUUUUUCAGAUGUAUUUGUGAAUAGCGAGUUGACACAUGUUGCUGUCAUGAAGGGUUGUGGUUUGAUGUACAUUGAAUUGUUUAAGUUAUGUAUGUACAAACCAAUUACUUGGUGCCGUUACACUUUGCAGCACAUAUAAAUCUUUUUUUUGUCUUCUUUUAUCUGAGAGGAACAAUUCUAUGAACUUACAUUGCCUUAACUAUCAAGUGAAGUCUGUUAACUGAAGCUCGCUCUCCGGCUGGAUGAAAUGUGUUUUUACUGGUGCUUCGCUGUUAGUUUAUACUAGUCCAGACCUGUAUUCAUAAAGCCUUUGAGGACAGAGCUUCUACACCAGAAAAAUAUCUAUUUUGAGUUUGUAUUUCUUGAAAAAGCGGUCUUGAGCCUUAAUAUAAGGGUUUAACUGCAUUAUUCAUGACUACCGAUUGCUAACAUAUCAGAGGUUGUGUAUUUAACACAGUUGGCAUUUUAGAGAAUUGGGCAUUUAUCUUCUUACUUAUUGUUACUUACAGGAUGCUGCCUGAAACAGUAACACAGACCUGCUAAAAUGCUAAUUGAGAUGAUGGACAUGUAAACCCCCUAAAUUGCACAUCAUCAGCAGUGGGAUGGGAAUCAGUGGGUUAUUUGAGUUUAAAGAAUCAGGUAUAGUAGAGAAUCUUUAAUUAUUUAAAGGUCCCCUAUUAUACUGUUUUUCAUCAAUAUAUUAUAGGUCUCAGAUAUAUACAGAACAUGUCUCUGAAGUGUUUGGCUCCAAAUACCAAACAGAUCAUUGCAGCAUCCCAUAAUCCCCUCUGUUUCAGCCCUGUUUCAAAAGUGCUGAUUCUCUGUCUGUUACUUUAGAUGAAAAUAAGGAGCCACUCCUGGAUCUGGACAAAAAGUGAGCAAAUAUUUUUUCCUGAAACUUUCAUAAUCUCUUUACACAGAGGGGACACAUGUUUAUGUAUAAAAGACAGGAACAAGUGGAUUUUGCAUAAUAGGUGACCUUGAAAAUAAAAAAAAGUCCAAAAUAGUCUGUCCAUAAUAGGCACUUCUAUAACACAUAAAGUGUCAUACAUUCUUGAAGCUAUAUGUUUUUUGCCACACCCCUGGUAUCAUUGAUGAAUAAGUCUGGUUGUACUGUUUUGAGAUGGCUUUAUGAAUACUGGUCAUCUUUUGUUCAACAUAGCAGACUCUGUGUAGGAAAAAUAUCCGGAGCACCAAGGACACUGUCUUCGACGUGAUUAACCUUUAUGAAGACGUGCUAUAACGCAGCUCUGAGGCUCUUUGUUGUCACUGUUAAAACUGAAGAUGCUACCAUAUUUUGUAUUACUGUUUGAUGUUUUUUGUAGCACAAAACUACAUAAAGAGGACUCCAAGGGGGCAAAAAUAUUUCUGUUUAACAAUGCAAAGUGCAUUAUACCGUCUGUUAGCUCUGUAUACAAAUUAUGUUUAAUAUUACACUUAUGUGAAACUAUAAAACAUGGUUCUGAUCAUCAUUUAAAGUCUGACCUCUUUCUCUUGUCAUUCUUGGUGUAUAAAUGAAAACUUUUUCUCGCCAACCGUAAUGGUACGUAUUGUUACCUCUGUGCAUCUGAUCGCAGGGAGAUAUUCCUUUCAUUCGUUUACCUUUUACAGACCACAUGAAUGUCAAAUUAAAAACCUGUUGAAAAUCCAAAUCUAGGAAGAAAAAACAAACAAUGUUGAUGUUGUUGUUAUUAAUAUUAUUGCUAUCAAAAGAGAAAAACAGUAUCGCAUUAGUGUUUUUUGCUGUGCGGAGACUGUCUGGUAUGUAUCUAUGUAUUACUUGUGGACCGCAUUUUGCUCGCUGCCUGAGUUAUGAAAUGAAACAGUUCUUAAGGCUUAAAAAUGAAUUACAUUUUUGCUUUUGUUGCUUAAAAGGCCCCACUUUUAAACUUCCCUUCACCUUCAACUAUAAAUCCACACACAAUUGAGCUGUGAUCAAAAACGUGAAGUAGUUUUUUACACUUCUUAUCUCACGCUGGGGUUGGGACUAGGUCAGAGUAUCGGUUAAAUGCUUAAAAUGUGAAGAACAUGUCAAUGUCAAAUGAACUGAUGCUGUCUAGUCAAAAUUCGCUGAUAGUGGGAUUUAAAAAAUGGUUGGGGAUUUGUUGGGGUCAGGUGACAGAGCUGUUUGUAUCACAUGACUCUGGCUGAAGCUACAUAAAAUGACUUGUUCCGGUUCUGCAAAUCGCAGACUGAACUACCAUGCUAGCUGGCUUGUUGUCGAUGCAUAGAGACUUUUUGCUGAAGCUUGAAUUUUAAAUUGUAUAUUUUUCUCUGCAUAUGAAAUGAAAAUAAAAUAAAUGAUGGCCAUGUUGUGUAUGACU